AAGCUCUUACUACUGACACGAGGAAACGUCAAAUGAUUUGGCGUCCGAAUUGAAGCGUAAGUCUUCCGAUCCUGCGGUGGAGGAUUCCACAGCCCUGUCGAGGGUUUCGAGACGUCGAUCCCCGCUUUCGCCUUCCCCUCCGUCUUCGCGAAGUGGAGCUAGGGUUUCAUCUGACCCUCGAGCUUUAAGGAGUUCUCCAUUGCGAUGGCUAUGAUCGAUGAGCCACUGUAUCCAAUUGCUAUCUUGAUUGAUGAGUUGAAAAAUGAAGACAUCCAGCUGCGCUUAAAUUCCAUUCGUAGGUUGUCUACCAUAGCACGGGCUCUUGGUGAAGAAAGAACUAGAAAAGAAUUGAUUCCUUUUCUAAGUGAAAAUAAUGAUGAUGAUGAUGAGGUGCUCCUUGCCAUGGCCGAGGAGUUGGGGGUGUUCGUCCCAUAUAUUGGUGGUGUAGAAUUUGCUUAUGUCUUGCUCCCUCCACUUGAAACAUUAUGUAUAGUGGACGAAACUUGUGUCAGAGACAAGGCUGUUGAAUCUCUAUGUCGAAUUGGAACUCAGAUGAAGGAAAGUGACAUUGUAGAGUGGUUCAUUCCUUUAGUCAAGAGACUAGCAGGUGGUGAGUGGUUCACUGCUAGAGUCUCCUCUUGUGGUUUGUUUCAUAUUGCUUACCCAAGUGCGACAGAGCUGUUUAAGGCAGAGCUACGGUCUAUGUAUGGACAAUUAUGUCAAGAUGAUAUGCCUAUGGUUAGAAGGUCUGCCGCAUCAAAUCUUGGGAAAUUUGCUGCCACAGUUGAAGCAAACAAUCUCAAGACUGAUAUCAUGUCUAUUUUUGAGGAUUUAACACGAGAUGAUCAAGAUUCAGUGCGCUUAUUGGCUGUUGAGGGUUGUGCUGCCCUUGGGAAGCUACUUGAACCACAAGAUUGUGUAGCUCAUAUUCUUCCAGUAAUUGUUAAUUUCUCACAGGAUAAAUCCUGGCGUGUACGCUAUAUGGUUGCUAAUCAGUUAUAUGAGCUUUGUGAAGCUGUUGGACCAGAACCUACAUGUUCGGAUUUGGUGCCUGCUUAUGUCCGGCUUCUUCGUGAUAAUGAGGCUGAAGUGCGUAUAGCUGCUGCUGGAAAAGUGACAAAGUUCUGCCGGAUAUUGAACCCUCACCUUGCUAUUCAGCACAUACUUCCUUGUGUAAAGGAACUGUCAUCAGAUUCUUCCCAGCAUGUGCGCUCAGCUUUGGCCUCAGUUAUCAUGGGAAUGGCUCCAGUUUUGGGAAAGGAUGCAACUAUUGAGGAGCUUCUUCCAAUUUUUCUCUCUCUGCUCAAAGAUGAGUUCCCUGAUGUUCGACUCAAUAUUAUUAGCAAGCUUGAUCAAGUGAAUCAGGUUAUUGGAAUAGAUCUGCUUUCGCAGUCUCUGCUUCCAGCUAUUGUUGAGCUUGCAGAAGAUAGACACUGGCGAGUUCGACUCGCUAUAAUUGAAUACAUCCCUUUAUUGGCCAGUCAGUUUGGUGUUGGUUUUUUCAAUGAUAAACUUGGUGCUCUUUGCAUGCAGUGGCUGGAAGAUAAGGUUUUCUCUAUUCGGGAAGCAGCUGCUAAUAACUUGAAGCGUCUUGCUGAAGAGUUUGGCCCAGAAUGGGCAAUGCAGAAUAUAGUGCCACAGUUGCUGGAGAAAAUAAGCAAUCCCCAUUAUUUGCACCGCAUGACCAUUCUGCAAUCAAUCUCCCUUCUAGCUCCUGUCUUGGGUUCUGAGAGCACUUGCCAAAAGCUAUUGCCUGUGAUCAUCACCGCCUCAAAGGACAGGGUACCGAACAUUAAAUUCAAUGUGGCAAAGGUCCUACAGUCACUCAUACCCAUAUUUGACCAUUCCGUGGUGGAGCAGGCAGUUCGUCCAUGCCUCGUUGAGCUCAGCGAGGAUCCGGAUGUGGAUGUCAGAUACUUUGCCAGCCAAGCAAUUCAGACAUGCGACUCAGUAAUGAUGUCAAGCUAGAGAACAUUCCUACUAAUCCGAACCGUCAUGUUGUUGUUGCUCAAUGUUCCAUUUCAACUUUUGGAUGAAGAUUUAGUUCCCGUCCAUGUAACCCUAGAAACAAACAGAGAUAUUUUUGUUGACUUAGAGAUCUAAGUGCUAGCAGGUUUCGGAUUGAUGAUUCCAUCUGAACCAUUUCAUGGCGAUUGGCAAAAUGUCUGGUAGUCAAGAAUGUAUGCUGUAACCUAUAAAUUGUUAUCUACAUUUGUUCUUUGAUUUAGUUUGUAUCAUGGAUUCGCAGGAACAACUGCAAAAG